UCACGUAGUACAGGAGCUAGCCACCGGCGCCAUGGAGCUGGAGCUGGGGCUUGCGCUGUCACUCUUCCUGCGCGGCGACGACGACGACGACGGUGACCACGGCAACGGCGAAUACGGCACCGGCGACGCUCGCGACUGUGAGAUGAGCAACAAGAGGAAGAGGCUGGUGGGGUGGCCGCCGGUGAAGAGCGCGCACCGCCCGCGCAGCAACGGCGGCCACGUGAAGGUGAAGAUGGAAGGGGUGCCCAUCGGGAGGAAGGUGGACCUGUCUCGCCACGCCUCCUACCACCAGCUCCACCACACGCUCCGCCUCAUGUUCCCCUCCUCCACUUCUCACCAUGGUGAUCCAUACGCCGUCACCUACGAGGACGGGGAUGGGGACUGGAUGCUCGUCGGAGACGUGCCGUGGGAGGAGUUUAGCAAGUCCGCCAAACGGCUCAACAUCCUCAUGUCACCACCGACUACACUUGCUAUUGCUGGUUGAAUGUGGGAGUCAUGGAUCUGCACCGGCGUCUGUGUCUAGUUGAUUAGCUUACUGAAUAAUGUUAGUAUAAUGUUUUUU